AUGAAGCUUCUUUUUUUGAAUGUCUAUAAUUACAAUAUUUUGAUUAGUUCUAAGUCAAGUUUUGAUAUCCCUAAGCUUCAAUUUUUAGAUUUUGAUGCUUAAUUUUCAGAUAUUAUUGUUCUAAUCAUUAUUUUAAGCACCAUGAGAUUGGUUUUAGGCUUUUUACUAAAUAAUCAAAUUACGCAGUCUUUAGAUUUCUUUUUCUUAUUGAGCAGCAAUCUACAUCUUCUUCUCUUUUUCAGCCUUAAUCUGUUCAAUCUACUCCUUUCUUUUAGCAAUAAACUCUAACAUCUACUCGUUUUUUUCAGCAAUCUGCUUAUUUUCAGUAAUAAUCUUAGUAAUAGCCUGUUCUUUUUCAACCAAAGUCUUGCUAUAAUCAGCAACCAUAUUUGCUAGAUCUUCAUUUUCUUUUUAAAGUACCUAUUUUAAGAUAUUUUUAAUAUUUUUUUGACAUAUUUGUUAACUUUUCAUUUUUGGAAAAAUAUUGUUAAUAUUGAUUGUUAUUUUUUUUUAUCAAAUAAUUUUGCUAUUAUAAAAAUCCCUAUUUUAAAUUUUCUCAGAAUAUUUUAGCUCAGGAUAACGUACAGAAGAAAGUUUUAAUCUCUAAAGGUGAAUUAUCUUCAAAAGAAUAAUUAAAUGUUGGGAAUUAAGACUAAUAAGCUGGUUAGACUUCUGCAACUUAAAUCUCAAUAUUUAACUUUAAUAAUGAGGUUUAUACUCUUAAAAUUUUUUAAUAAUUUAAAAAACUAGGAUUUUAUAAAAGUGAAUAUUGCUCAUCAUUAGAGCAAUUAUCUGUAAAUUUUACAAAUGAUUGAUUUGAAAUAAAAAAAUAACAAUAUUAACUAUUUUUUCCAAAAAUGCAAAGUAAACAAGAAGAUCAAAUAAAUUAUAAAAAUAUUUUAAAAAAGUACUUUAAAGCUGAAAACGAAAGUCUAUUAAAGAAUGUUGACUGAUAAAGCAACCUUCUUGUUAAAAAACAACAUUCAGUUUGCUCAAACACAAGAUUAUUGCUCAAAAAGACUAGAUUAUUGCUCUAAAAGACUAGUUUAUUGA